AUGAAGGACCCUUCAGGUGUUGAGGUUGACUUGACAAGCGAGCAGGAAUCUGCUCCAGAUCUGGAUGCUGUUCCAGACUCAUCGCUCGCAAUACCUGAAUGCAACGUGAUUCCGGGAUCGUCCGAAGGUGCAACAAUCGAGACUCCAACGUCAUCUAAGCUCAAUAACUCAACAGAUACAGCAGCCCAAAGUACUGUGGCUGCCAUAUCUGAACCAACAGCAGCGGCUCGAGUGGAGAGUAGAUCCUCGGUGGCAUUAGACUCUCCUCUAGUGAAGGCAAAAACAGAGAGUGAACUCCUGUCAAGCCCUCCAACUUUGACGGCCAACUCUGAACCAUUAGUAGUGACAAAAGUGGAGAAUGGAUCCUUAUCAGAUCCUCCAGCUUUGGUUGUCGUGAAACCUAUUAUCGCCCCUGGUCGAGCUUCACUGAGCCAACAGGGCAGUGCUGACAAGCAAUUGACAGGAAUGAAGCCGAUUGUGCCACUACGAAAGCGUGGACAGUCAUUUCGAGAGACGAAAAGCAUGAUCAGUACAGUGGACGCUGAUGGUCGGAGGCAUCUCAACCAGUACACCUUCAUGGAGCAGUUAGGCAAAGGAGCGUAUGGUAUUGUGUUUAAAGUGGAAUGCAACGACACGAAGGAGGUGUUUGCCGCCAAGUGCGUGGAUAAGAAGGCGCUCAAGCGAAUUCGAGUCGGUCGUUUUGGUAACGCAUUACAAUCCGUCAAGAAGGAACUCAACAUUUGGAAGCGAUUCAAACACCGACACAUCGUUGUACUGCGUGAAGUCAUCGAUACGGAUGACAGCGAUGAAUUGUAUAUGAUCAGCGAAUUGGUUGAAGGUGGCCCCGUACUGGAUGAUGACAUAAAGUGUACCCCAUUAAACGCGGAGCUUACCAAAACGUACUUCACCCAUUUGAUUGAAGGUAUCGAUUUCCUACACGAAAACAAGAUCAUUCACCGUGACAUCAAGCCGGGAAACUUGCUACUAAAGACAGUCGACGACAACGAAGUUAUCCUCAAAAUUGCAGACUUUGGUGUAUCACAUGAAAUGGAGCAUGAUAAUGAAGACAUGCGGCAAACCGCUGGAACGGCCAUUUUCAUGGCACCAGAGAUGCUCACAGGAGAUAGCUUUCAGGGUAAACCCGUAGAUAUCUGGGCUUGCGGGAUCACACUCUAUAUGUUCGUCUACGGACAUCCACCGUUUAUCGCCCAGACCAUGACAGUGCUGUACGGCAAAAUUCAGAGCGAUCCCAUCGAGUACCCUACACAGGUUGGCGACCGAGUAGUAGAAAGCGAGCUUAUCGACCUCAUGGAACAUCUACUCGAGAAGGACCCGAAGUUACGAUUCACAAGCCAGCAGAUCCGCGCGCACCCGUGGGCAUGGCGAGAGUUUCAAGUUUCUGCUAUCAAAUGUGUGACUCACCCGGAAGGUCGGCGGACAUCCUUCUCCGCAAUUCCAAAGAGUUUAGCCGGCGUGGCCUCACUCGGCAAGAGCAUGCGGGGUCUUUUUUCACGUCCUAGUGCCGUCUUUCCAAGCGGUUCAAGUCGCCCAUCUCUUCCGACUGUCAUGACAAACCUCCGAGCGCCUCAGUAGCAGCGCAUUUAGUUUAGACUGCGUAAAGCGAUAGGAUUCAUGCACACGAACAGUA